AUGGCUGCCACGGAAUCAGAUCAGAGCCCCAAUGGCAACAGUAGCUCAUCUACCACACAGAAGCGACAGCGCGCCAAACAGGCAUGCUGCGGAAAAGGCGAUGCGAUGGAAACCUGCCGUGUAAUAUGUGUACACAGUUCGAAUACAAGUGUUACUUUGGUCGGCCUCGUCAUGAUCACGAUAUGCAACCUGUCGUUGCUGACUAUGCGAACAGAGAAGCACCCCCGAAAACGCAGCAAGUUGGUCGAACAACAUGCUCUCACCGACGGUCCAGACAGUCCGGAGCACAUCAAGGCUGAGCUCGGAACCGCAGAACAGCCUUGCGCGGAAGAUGUCGUCAAGAUGCGAUCAAUGGAGGCGAAUUCUGGAAUAGCAUUCACUCGAUUAUUAGGCCAACGACUCGAUCCAUCAAGUGGCCCUAAGCUUUUUACUUUUGGCUGGAAUCUGGGCAGCAGUACAUACGCCCCACCUGUUGCUCCUCUGGUGACAGACUACUUGGACCAAGACCAGAUGUGCUCGUUAGCGCGGCUGCACUUUGCGAAUGUGCAUCCUAUAUACGGCUUCCUCGACAGGGACUGGAUCAUGAAGAAUGUCUCACUGCGUUGGUCUCACCCCGAGCUGUGCCAAGUACCUGAUCACAUGCUUUGCGGCAUUGCGGCAGUGGGAGCCCUGUUCUCGGCCGAGACAGCUAUCAUUGCAGUGUUGCCAAAUUUGCCUGAUAUCGUGGAAGCACAGAAAAAGGCCUUGGAGAGCACGAGUACUAUGCAACCAGCAACAUUAACGGACGUUCAGUCGUGGAUCUUGAGGUGCCUGUACUUGCGAGCUACUGACCAUCCACACGCUACCUGGAUCGCGACUUGCACCACAAUGCAUCUCGUGGAAGCAGUCGGGCUACAGUUCGAAGUCAGCAGUUCUGUCCUGCAUCCUGCGGCCAAUGACGCACACAACGAUCCAGAGAUCCGACGGCGUGCGUUCUGGGUCGCGAGAAUGCUGAACUCGUGGGUCAGCUUCGAAUACGGACGAACUCGUGUGGCGUUGCGUGGCAUCACCGCACAACUUCCUGCAUAUCGAAAAGGCGACUAUACCCUCGACUACAUCAAUCUGUACAGUAUAUCAUGCUGCCUGGAUCCCGAGACAUCGGACAAGGCUGGUCAAUGGGAAGACUUUCUCGAUAGACUAGACGCUUACGAACCGAAGCAUGAUGGCAUUGCUCUCUCGAAAGCAAAUCUUGGUCUUUGCGGGUAUCGACGUCUACGCUUAUCCAAUCCAACCCUGUCGACCGAGAUCAUCAACAAGAUUAUCAACAUUGGACUGAGAGGUCUAGAAGCGGCGAGACGAAUGGCCGAAAGAGGUUUACCCUGGUGGCACGUUGCCAACGUUCCGUUCCAGGUCAUCUGUGUCUUCCUGGCAAUGGAUGGUAGAGAGUCUCUUUCGCAUCUGGCCACUGCUAUGCGCACGCUAGAGUUCGUCGUCGAGAAGUUCCGCACGGUCGCGAUGAAGGAGGCACUCCGAACAGCUCGUUUCCUGGUUCGACUUUCCAAGAAGCGCAAGGAUGAGGAUUCCGAAGUGCUCGGGCUCAGUCUUAAGAAGCACUCAGUGGAUGGUGACCCGCAUCCCGAGAACCUGAAGGCCCCUCAGCAGCAGACUCCGCAAGUCAAUGGCACAGCGCCGGUACCUGUGGAAGAGAACGCAAUGACGGUAUCUAGCAACGAGGACUGGAAUCUGGAUGUGCUGAACGAUACUCAGUUCGACUGGAACUACUUCUUGACUCACGACAUGCCAGCCUUCAACACAUUCGCACCGGAUGGGACAAUGUAG